AUGGACACAAUGAUUGAAAACUUUCACUUUUUUGCUGAAAACAAAUUCACAAGAAUUUUUGGAAUCAUUGGUAACACAUCAUCUUAUGCAUACAUGCCCUACGCUGAUAAUCCAAUUCAAGAACUUGUCUCUAAUCCCGGUCAUCUACCGGAUGAUUGGAAGGAUCUUAAUGGUUUUGCCCUACGAACAAUUAUUCAAGAAGACGUGCCAAGAACUUUUUGGUAUCGAAAUGAAAGAGGAACAAAAUUGAUUGGAGGAAAGUAUGGUCAAACAAUUGUACAGUUCUUAAAACGCCAUAAUGCAACUUUUGAAGUUAUACCUUUCUUCAGUCAAGAUUUAGAAUCUUAUUUUAAUGCUAUUUUGAACAACAGCAUUGACAUAAGCAUGCAUGCAUACACGGCUCCGCAAAAUCUCGACUAUAGCUAUCCAGUGUCAAUUGAAGAUUUUGUUAUAAUGGUACCGAUCAAUGGAUUCCUUUCGCCGCAUGAUUACUUUCGAAGACCAUUUUCAGGAGCGGUAUGGCUGUGCAUUGGAUUUACAAUUGUCUUUAUAACAAUUGCUAAGAUCAUGAUUGAUAAAGUAACAACAUCAGAGUUUGACAUUUGGUCAAGUUUCACUGAUAUCUACCUAGCUUUGUUGAAUUUACCCACCGAAAAAACUAUUAUUUCAAAAUAUCGCUUUUACUUGGUGCUUCUUUUGUUUUCCUUCAUAAUUGGAAAUUUAUUUGGAGCUUAUUUUCAAUCAUUUCUAACAGUUUUCAUCAAAAUAGACCAAUACGAUACCAUUCAAGACAUUUUUGACAAGAAUAUAUCCGUUAUGAUUGCUAGUUUUCAAUGGGAAGUAAUAAAAAAUACGUCUUAUCCAGAAGACUUGAAGAAAAUUAUCCUACCACAAGAUUUUUCAAUAUAUCUUUCGCAUUUUAUGUCCAUGCGAAAUACAAAUUUCGCAUACUUAACCGAUGCAGACAGAAUUAAGUUUUAUAUUGGUUUUCAAUCUCUGUUUAGAAGAAGCUUAUUUCGUAUAGCUCGAGAAACUGUUGGGACUCAUCAUUGUGGAUAUUCGUUACCAGAUAAUUCUCCAUUUAAAGAAAUUUUGAAUGAUUUCAUUAUUGAAAUAAGACAAACCGGUUUGCUUCAGAAGUGGGAUUCAGAUGUUCUUUAUCAAGCAAAAGCACAUAAUUUCGGAUCAACUAUUUAUAAAGAUUAUGUUCAUGAAGAAGCUCAUAGUCCAUUGACUUUACAUCAAUUGCAAUUUGCAUGGAACUUUUUACUAAGUGGAUUGAUAAUUUCAUCUGUGGUAUUUGUAUUUGAAUGUGUUUUUGAGAAGUUCUUAUUUUUCUUGAUACUUGAAAUAUUUUUCGAAAUACAAAGUAAUUAUUGA